CGUCGCCUCCCGCCUGCCACAUUCACCCCCAUUGCCGCCUUGGCCCCGACAUCUGUCCUCGGGGGCCUUGGGGACGUCUGACUGCCUCGUCGUCAUUGCCUCUCCUCUGCCUCGCCUGCAUUUCUCAGCGGUACGCGCGGCCGCAGCCUCGUGUCCGCAGCCUGAUCUCCCAACCCGCUAGAGGUAGGUAGGCAGAGCUCCGUCUCGCACACACACACACACACCCCCUCUUCGCUGCCAUGGCUUGCCAUCGCGCCUCUCUUGCCAUCGUCUCCGUGUAUAUCAGACCGUCCGACUGACCUUGCCAAGGUGGAGCUGCCUGCUUCGACUCGAAUAGCACCGAACGCUCCUUGUCCUGUCGCUUUGCUUGCCGCCGCCCAACGCUACCUCCUGUUCCUUGGCCUGACCCCUCUGGCGCGCGCCCGCUCCCCUCCGGCGCCUCCCUCGCCCAUCACGAACGCCGCCGAUCGUCCUAGCCAACACCCGUUUCUCCAGAGAUAAGCUUGUUGCGCGCGUCGCAUCUGCUGCCUCUUGUCGCCGACCAUGACCUCCAACUCGUUCCGCGACUCCAUCAGCUCGCUGGGCUGGAGCCGGCGCGAAAACGAUGAGCCCGUCACCACGUCGCAGCCCUCGGGCCUCAUGGCGUCCAUCAAGAACCUGAACCCGUUCCAAGACCGUGGGUACCUGCGCUUGCCGACGACUGAGAACGCCGGGGCACCUCUGCCGGCACCAACCCGGCGCGAGGAGGAGGAGGGCUGGUUCGUUCUCAGUAGAUGGGACCGUUUGCUGAUCUUUGGGGCCUGCAACCUCGCCGCCCUCGCCUGCUUCGUCAUAUGCUUCACUCUGUUUCCGGUUCUAUCGCUCCGGCCGCGCAAGUUCGUCAUACUAUGGUCCGUCGGGUCGGUCCUGUUUCUGGCCUCCUUCGCGGCGGUCAUGGGUCCUCUCAACUACAUGUACCACCUCCUAUCGGCUCCGAGACUCCCUUUUACGGCGGCCUACUUUGGGUCCAUCUUCAUGACGCUGCUCUUCGCGAUCAAGCUUCAAAGCACCAUCCUCACCCUCUUGUCCGCUGUGGCGCAGCUCGCCUGCCUGCUCUGGUAUCUGGUCAGUUACUUCCCCAUGGGCGCGUCAGGACUGCGGUUGGCCGCGUCGUUUGGAACUAGGCAGGCCACGGCGUGGAUGUCUGGGUGAGGCGACCGAAAAGCCUCGUCGGUGUGUGCUUGAGAGUCACACCGACCGCACGCUGUAUAGUAUGAGGCGGAUGCCCACAUGCGCUGGGAAGAUAACGCGACUAAGCUAUUACAGUUUGUUCUGGGCGGGCACAUUAUUUCGAGCGCCGACUGACGGCAUGGGACAUUUAUCCGCCCGACUCAGAGGGGCAGCUUGUACGAAAGAUAGAAUAAGCAUGGCAUAAGACUCGACUGUAAGCAUUUCCAUCAGCUUCCAUAAGUCGUGCGUGGGAAUCCCUUAGGGUUCAUGAUUAGGCCCCCAAAUGAUG